AACUGCCUUUGCCCUAACGGCCGCAACUGGAUUUGCGGAGCGAGUUGAACCGCAACACAGGCAGCUGUCAUGGCAUUUUUCGGGCACCAGUUUCGCAGAGCUUUCUCUUCAUCGGCCCUCAGGAGUGUGGCCAUAAAGCAUGUUGUCAUAAUCGGUGGUGGACAAAUGGGUGCGGGGAUCGCUCAGGUUGCUGCGUCGACCGGCCACCAGGUGACGCUGGUGGACAUGUCAGAGGCCAUCUUGACAAAGGCAGUCAAGGAUAUGGGUACGAGCUUGAAGAGAGUGGUCAAGAAAAAGUAUGCAGACAAGCCCGAGGCGGGUGAGGCGUUCAUUGAGAAAGUUCUGCGCAACGUGUCCACCGCCACAGAUGCCGCCGCCGCCGUCCAGAGUACGGACCUCGUGCUGGAGGCCAUUGUGGAAAACCUAAAAGUCAAACAGGAUCUUUUCAGCGUGCUUGACAAGGCGGCACCAGCGCACACCAUAUUUGCCAGCAACACAUCGUCGCUGCCUAUCGGUGACAUCGCUAGCGCCACCUCCCGACUGGACCGCUUUGGCGGCCUGCACUUUUUCAACCCGGUCCCCAUGAUGAAACUUGUCGAGGUCAUCGGAACUUCUGCCACGAGUCAGGAGACGUUCGACUCCCUGGUGAACUUCAGCAAAGCGCUGGGCAAAACGACCGUGUCUUGCAAGGACACACCGGGAUUCAUCGUGAACCGCCUGCUCGUCCCCUACAUGUUGGAGGCCGUGCGGCUCCAUGAGAGAGGUCACGGCUCCAAAGAAGACAUCGACGUGGCCAUGAAGCUCGGUGCUGGAUACCCGAUGGGACCCUUUGAGUUGCUGGACUAUGUGGGCUUAGAUACAGCAAAGUUCAUUUUAGACGGGUGGAGCGCCAUGGAUUCAAAGAAUCCUCUCUUUACCUCGAGCUCUUUGCUUAACAAGCUGGUCGCAGAGGGCAAGUUUGGCAAAAAGACGGGAGAAGGAUUCUACAAGUACAAGUAGCUUAAUUGUAGUCAGGAAUGGCGACAAAAACUGAAGAAGACUAAUGCAGACGUAAAUGUUGCUUCAAUGAUAAUGUGACUUUCAAUCAUAUGUGCCGUGCCUUGUUUGCCUGAUUGAGCUGAGAUCAGCACUACCCCCAUGUGAACUAUCGAUCAUACGUGAAAAUGGAUCGAGGGAAUUUUUUUGUCACUUAUCGCUUGUUUUUCAAAUACAUUUGAACAAUAAAGAUUUUACUAUGUUAAA